AUGCCACCUCUUCCGAAAGUUUUAGUAACCAAAGUAAGAAAGCAUCGACGUCAUUCAAUUACACAUCAUUCUAAGAAAGGAAGAGUUUCAAAUGUAGUUCGAGUUACACGAAUCAAAUCACGUUUGAAUGGAUCAUGUAGAACAAAUCGACAAAGUGUUCCAAGUGUGAGCAAAAUUAACAUGUCAAUAGCUGAUGUGAAUAUAAAACAAGGAGUCAAGAAUGAUGUUAAUCAACCUCAAAUUUUACAUUCAACUAUGACUAACUCCGCAGUCCCAUUAAUAUCUCCAUUGGAUAUAGUAGCUCGUCAAUCAAUCCUACCAAAUAGAUUUUCAUCAAAGGUAGUACCAUCGAACAAUUAUGAUCUAUUACGAUCAACAAUCAGUUCCAAUCUUAGUUCUGUUUCAACAACAAAACAAUCACGAUUUAGUUUAGGUGAUCGACGACAACUAUUUACCAUUGAACGAACACAAAUAGAAAAUAAAAAAAAGCGUAAAUUUUGUCCGUCAUGUUCGCCUCGUACUCUGAUAGCACUGGCCAUCGUUAUAUCAUUAAUUCUUAUCACCAUUGCAGUAAUACCGGCUACAGUAAUUACACUCACAAAAGCGAUGACUACGACAAUAGCCACGACUUCAUCAAAUAAUAUGACAACUACAACAGCCACUACAUCGACGAGUUCAACAAGUUCCAGUAGUAGUUCAACUACAACAAGCAGUACAACAGCUAUCACCGUUACGUCCAAUAUUUGUACAGCAGCGUUGGCUAAUAUUGCAAUAGUAGCUAAUUGUUAUCCUUGUCCUGCUUAUAGUUAUCAUCAAUAUAUUUAUAAUUAUACAGCGGUUGCGAACGCAACUCGUAUUGUAUUUGCUUUUCGGAGACAAACUGCCUAUUUUACUCUGGAUGAUGUUUCUGUACGAGAUUAUGCAGCACCAAGUAUUGAACUGCUUAGUAAUCCAGGUUUUGAAACAGGUAAUUUGUCAUCUUGGAUAUAUUGUAAUCAAAAUAAUGAAACAAUUACUGAUGGUGUCCAAUCCAAUUACACCUCUGGAAGUUUUACUUAUUAUCCUAGGUCAGGUAUCUAUUACUAUUUGGGUGGAAGCCUUACAGCUGCUGAUUAUAUUAGUCAAUCAUUUUCAACUCAGAUUGGUCAUCUAUACAAAAUUGCGAUGUGGGCUCAGUAUCUUGGUACUGGAAAUUUAACCAGUGCUGACUUUUUCCUUGGCUCAACUGCUAAUCCUGGUCUUCGAACACAACUAGGAGUGGUUUAUGGUCGACAAACUCAAUAUUCAACUGAAUAUUUAGGAAUACAAUAUGCAAAAGUUAUUCGAUGGAAACUACCGAUUGAUCUUGGAAUGGAAAUGUUUCCAAAUGGUUCAUUUCAAGCAACAUCAUUUGGUCCAUGCUGUCCACAACCAAAAACAAGUGCAUACAUUCCAAAACAAGAUGAACAAUGUCUCUAUUUAAAUAUUUUUAAACCAAUAAUGCCAGCAAAUCAUUCAUUAUUACCCGUACUUGUUUGGAUUCAUGGUGGUGCACAUAAUCAUGGAUGUUCAUCACAAAGUAUUCCAUUGAUAUAUAAUGGUACAAAUAUGAUUGCUCAUUCACCACAAGAUCAACCAGUUAUUAUUAUUACAAUCAAUUAUCGAUUAGGAGUAUUAGCAGAUAUGUAUUUAAAAGAAUUAAUUGAAGAAGAUUCAGAAUGGCCAACAGCAGGUAAUUAUAUGUAUCUAGAUAUGUUAUCUGCAUUACGUUGGAUAAAGAAAAAUAUUGUGGAUUAUGGUGGUAAUGCAAGUCAUGUUUCAUUAUUUGGUCAAAGUGCUGGAGCACUUUCAGUUAUUGAUCUUGGUGCAGUAAAAGAUUUCGUCAAUCUUUAUCAAACGGCUAUAAGUCAAUCAGGUUUAGGUUCUCCUGGAACUUAUUCAUCUUAUUACAAUAUGAAUAAUGCUCUUAGUUAUUCGAACUCUAUUGUUCAACGAUUACAUUGUGCUAAUGAAGAUAAACAAAAAACUCUUUCAUGUUUACGUAAUACUUCAUUUAAAGAUCUAUUGAAAGCCUAUGAUAAUCGAUAUACAAAACCAAUAAUUGACAAUUAUUUUUUUCCAUUAUAUCCUCCAUUAGCAAUUCAAAAUGGUACAUAUAAUAAUGUCAGUCUUAUUAUGGGUAAUAAUGAUUAUGAACAACCAAUUUGUCAUCAACAUCCUUUUAUGAAUUUUAAAGAAGCUAUUGCAUUAUUAUCUCAAUCUAUAGAACAAAAAUGGAUACAAAUAAUUGUAGAUUAUUAUCAUUUAAAUAAUUGUUCAUCAGAACGAAGUGCUAAUAUAACUCGUUGUUGUAAUAUUGUUCGUUUAAUAUUAAUGGAUAAAAUUUAUGAUUGUGAUAUUCGUCGAAUAUUCAAUGCUUUUUAUCGAACAUAUGAUCGACAAGAUGAAAAAAAGAAAUUAUUUUCUUAUCAUUUAAAUUGUUAUCCACGAUGUCCUUUAGUUACAGACGAAGGUAUUUGUAGACAUUCAUCAGAACUUCCAUUUAUAUUCGGAACGGUCAGUGAUGCUGAUUCACAUAGAGAAAUUCAUUGUAAAUGGAACAAUCAAUCAAGAAUAUUUUCUAACGGAAUUAUUUCACAUUGGAUCAAUAUAGCUACAACCGGAUUACCAUUAAAUCAAUGGCCGAUAUAUGAUCCAUCUAUGCCACAAUAUUUUUAUUUCACACCUGAUCAUAACUUCUCAUCUGUAACAUGGAAUAGAAAUUGCUCGUUUUUUGAUGAAAUGGAAACAAAAGGUGUUUUAGAAACUUUUGGAAAUCAUACUUAA